AGAAGGAGGGGCAGUGCUGCUGGGUCUGUCUGGACCAUGACAAACUUUUAAUCACCUUUAAGAGACCCUGAAGUAGGCACUCCACCUGAAGUAUUUCUUUUCCAAAUGGAAAUUCCUCCGAUAAACUUGAAGGCCAUCCUGCUUGUCCACUGGUUGCUGACCGUCUGGGGAUGCAUGGCGUGGCUGCCUUCCUCUUACCCCUUUGCAAACUUCAGUGUGUUGGCUGUGGGCGUGUGGGCCGUCGCUCAGAGAGACUCGAUAGAUGCUGUACUAAUGUUCCUGAUCGGGAUGCUGAUGACGAUACUCACUGACAUCGUCCACUUUGGGAUUUACUAUCCUGUUUUUAAUAGCGCAGCUAGCAGCGACACAUUCCGCUUCAGCGCUGGCAUGGCCAUCCUCAGUUUAAUCCUCAAGCCGGUCUCGUGCUUCUUCGUCUAUCAGAUGUACCACGAGAGGGGUGGAGAUUACAACAUCAACUUUGGUUUUCCAUCAGUGAGCCGGAACAGAGACACCUAUCAGUCUAUUGACCAGCAGGACCAAAGUGACAACUCUGCCAAGCCAUACAUCCAAGGAGAGGAUAACCAACACGCCGGACGAGCCUACUGAUUACUGUCUUUAAUUAUAAUUAUUUUUAUAGAGUUGUUGUGUUAGUUCAUUUCUGGUUCAGUGAUGGACCAAAUGUUACACUAAGAGAGGCGGUUUAUUUGAUUAUUUGUUUAUUUUAUGAAGAUGUUCUUGUUAAUAUGGACAUGUAGCAGUGCAUUUCUCUAUUCUUUUGGAUAGGCGUGCACAUUGGAUCAUUUUACAGUGAGAAUUAGUUUGUGAACCUAGCAGACUUUGCAAGCGUAUGUAUCCAUUGCAACUAUUUAUAGCUGUAAUUAUAUAUAAAUAUUAUAUGCGUUA